ACAAUUCACAGAGAGAGAGAGAGAUUCAUCCUUGUCUAUUUGCAAAAUCUGUUCUUUGCCUGAAUUGAUAAUUCUAGCUCGGUAGAGAAAAUAUUUUCCUGGGAAACUUUGAACGAGAAAACACAGUUAAUCUUUUGAUUAGACGAAAAGAGUUUUCCAGGCGAAAUUGUUCCGACAUGAGUUUCGGCUCAACGGUGGGAGCCGAUUUCUUCGAGUUUAGAAAGUUGUAGGAAUGUACGAAGAGAUGGGAUGUUACGAAUCGAAUGCUGCUACGGCGGGACCAACCGCCGAGAGUGGGGUCUCUCAGGCGGUGGAGCAGCCGCAGCCGCCGACGCAGCAAACGGUGGUGACGGGAAGCACUACCAACAGCAACUGCAGUGCUGAAGUUGAAGAUCUCUCUGAGUUUCACCUUAGCCCACAGGACACUGUCCCUGCUGUGUCUGAAAAUGUUGUUCAACUCCAGUUUCAUAACCAGGUUCAUGCCAACGCUCCUCAUGAUCAUCAAAUCCAGAUGGUUCAGGACCUAUCUGGGUCUGGUUACGUGCCGUUGCAGCAGUACGUUCAGUCGAAUUGGGAGGGUGGCUGCCAAGAUUUCGUCAAUGUCGGUCCUGGAUCCACAACAACAACUACUGACCUUCUCAGUCUAUUGCAUUUGCCCAGAUGCUCAGUGCCUCCUUCUAUGCUCCCUAACUCGUCACUUUCGUUUGCAAACUCGAGCCUUUCGGACAUUAUGGGAGCAUCUUCCGUUGCUUAUGACCCACUGUUCCAUCUGAAUUUUCCUCUGCAGCCUCCUUUUAGCCGAGAUCAGAGCCAGUUGCUUGGGGUGGAUGAUCAGAUAGAUGCAGAUGGAGGAGUAAUGUAUGCUGGUGGAAACAACCAUGGAGAAUUUGACAACGGGAUUCUUGAGUUUAACACUGACAUCGUGAACCGUAAAGGGCAAGGAUCGGGAAAGAAGAAACCUUUUCCCACCGAACGGGAAAGGAGAAUUCACUUCAAAGACAGGUUUCUCGAGUUGAAGCAUUUGCUUCCUAGUCCCACCAAGGGUGACAGAGCAUCCAUUGUUGCAGACGCCAUAGAAUACAUCAAAGAGCUGCUCGGCACAAUCGAGGAAUUCAAAUUACUGGUGGAGAAGAAAAGAUUCGGGAAACACUGGAGCAAGAGAGCGAGAAUAGAAGAAGACAGCGAGAACAAACCCCUGAGCGAUGUGGACCAAUCAUCCUUCAACCAUAACAACUCCCUCAGAUGCUCAUGGCUUCGGAGAAGAUCCAAAGUUACAGAAGUAGAUGUCCGUAUCAUUGACGAUGAAGUAAUCAUCAAACUUGUUCAGAAGAAGAAGAUCAAUUGCUUGCUUAUGGUCUCCAAAGUUCUUGAUCAGCUUCAGUUGGAUCUCCACCAUGUCGCCGGUGGACAGAUUGGUGAACACUACAGCUUCUUGUUCAACACCAAGAUAUACGAAGGAUCAUCCGUGUACGCGAGUGCGAUAGCUGACACACUUAUGGAGGUCGUUGAGCAACAGUACAUGUCUGCAUUUCCAACCGAUGGCUUCUAGACCCGAGAUCCAGUGACUUAUCAAGAAACAAGUAAUCCGACUAGUGAAACACUAUAACUAGAGGCCCUUUUUCAUCUCAUUGUAUAACUUCUUCUAGAACAAAUGGGUCCUCACAAUCAUUUAGUCUCUUUUCGAUGUUCUUGAACAUCUUUGUUGUUGCCAUUUUGAGAUGUCUGAUUCCGGACCCGUUUGCUUUGUUUGUUGCCAUGAAGAAUUCUUAGGAAACUGGAAUAUUAUCUCCUUUUAAGU